AUGAGUGGUACUCCUGGUCCUGAUCCUGAUCUUGGCAUGCCUGGAGAUUUGGGAAUACCUGGUCAUAAUGGUACUCUUGGCUUGAAAGGAGACCCAGGCAAUGAUGGAAAUCCUGGCCACAAUGCUACUCUAGGACCUGCAGGAAAACAUGGACUCGUGGGUUCAAUAGGAGAUUCUGGUGACCCAGGACAACCUGGACAAGAAGGAGAGACAGGAAUACCUGGAAAAGAUGUUAUUGGACUUCGUGGUCCUCUUGGUCUUCCUGGACGUCGUGGUUUACCUGGUCAACAAGGUAAUAAUGGAUCCAUUGGAAUGAUAGGAGCUAAAGGACCACCAGGAGAUAAAGGAGAUAAAGGAAGUAAAGGGCGUAAAGGUCGUCCAGGAAUGAAGGGUAUGACAGGGGAGGAUGGUGAUCGUGGUCCACCAAGUAACAGAACUAUAAGAGGUAUUAAAGGUGAUCAUGGGGAGAAGGGUAUGACCGGACCUCGUGGUAGAAAGGGUGAUUCUUUUGGUCUUAUUGCUAAGGGUAUGAAAGGAUCUGUAGGACCUCCAGGGCCACCAGGAAUCAAUGGAACAGGUGGACCUAAGGGUGAAAUAGGAGAGAAAGGAGACCAAGGUCCAAAAGGUGAUCCAGGUCCUGAGGGUGAACAAGGACCAAAUGGAACAAAGGGAGAGCCUGGAGACAAAGGAGCAAAAGGAGUAGAUGGUCCAAAGGGAAUGAAAGGAGACAAAGGAGAUCCUGGUCUUAAAGGGAUUCCAGGACCAAUAGGACACCAGGAAGAAAUGGUCCUGCUGGAGAUCCUGGGACCUCCUGGAGAAAGAGGUGAAAAAGGAGAUAUAGGAGACCAAGGUCCAAAAGGUGAUCCAGGUCCUGAGGGUGAACAAGGACCAAAUGGAACAAAGGGAGAGCCUGGAGACAAAGGAGCAAAAGGAGUAGAUGGUCCAAAGGGAAUGAAAGGAGACAAAGGAGAUCCUGGUCUUAAAGGGAUUCCAGGACCAAUAGGACCACCAGGAAGAAAUGGUCCUGCUGGAGAUCCUGGCAUGAAGGGAGUCAAAGGAAUGAAAGGAAACACCGGACCUCCUGGAGAAAGAGGUGGAAAAGGAGAUAUAGGAGACCAAGGUCCAAAAGGUGAUCCAGGUCCUGAGGGUGAACAAGGACCAAAUGGAACAAAGGGAGAGCCUGGAGACAAAGGAGCAAAAGGAGUAGAUGGUCCAAAGGGAAUGAAAGGAGACAAAGGAGAUCCUGGUCUUAAAGGGAUUCCAGGACCAAUAGGACCACCAGGAAGAAAUGUAAUAUGCUAG